UAACUCGCCUCGACCUCGUUCGACUUUGGCUUCAUAUGCUUGCUUCGGUGCGACAGUAGUACUCGGUUGCUCUCUUAAAGUUUUUGAGGUUCUUGUUUUUCAUUGCAUCUGACAGCAAGUAAGACCUCAGCAAGAAAGUAGAUGUCUCAGCCAUGAGGGGAUUCAUAUCACUUGCGUUUUUGAUCCACAUGUGUUUAGCACAAGAUCCAGCCGUUUUUCAGUUUCGAUCUGGAGAAUUCCGUGUCUCCGAGUCAGUAUUAAACGCAGUCGUUGUAAUAGAAAAUGUUGGCAAUACUUCGGAAUCUGGGACUCUCAGCGUAAAUGUUGCUGAUGGUACGGCCGUUAGUGGUGAAGAUUACGCCCCCACCGCUGGUUUAAGGGUAUUAUUUUCAGCAGGCGACGCGUCCAAAGAAGUGACUAUUCCUAUUACAGAUGACGACGUAAUUGAAAGUGACGAAACAAUCCAGCUCUCUUUGCGGCUCUUGGGUCCCUCCCGUCCAAGUGCCACGAUUGGCAGCGUUGGAAGUGCUACCAUCUUAAUCAUUGACAAUGAUGUGCCCCCUUCUGCAUCCAAUGGCGGUGGAAACAUAACGUUGAACACCGAAGCAAAGAUUGACAUUGUUUGCCGACCAGACUAUAUAGAAGUGACCCUGAAGUUUGCAGAUUAUCCAGGAAUCGUUGUAAACGACUCAGUUCUGCAUCUUGAGGACAUGAAUUGCGUAGCUGGUUACAAGGACGAUGAAAUGGUCAAAUUUACAUUUGGACUUGAGGAGUGUAAAACCAUGCAAGAGGAUGACGGGAAGAGGAUUUACUACAAUAACAUGGUUUACCUGAAGGCUGGCUUGCCACCUAAUGAUACGAAGAUAAUCCGUGACCAUUACGAGGUAAUUCCGUUCAAAUGUGGAUAUGACAAGAAGACCGUCCUGUCGAAAGUGUCCUACAAUCCUCAAAGUACUAUCAUCUUAUCAAAUGCAGAGGGUAUUGGCAACUUUACCUACUUCAUGGACAUGUAUGAAGAUGGAAGCAACAGCGUAGCAGUUACCAAGUUUCCAAAGGAGGUUGGUUUGGGUCAGAAGAUGUACUUUGGUUUCCGAGUGGAGUCUGGUGACAAUGAAUUGGUUGUAUUUCCAGAUCUCUGCAAGGCCACAGCAUCAUCAAGCUACGAUUCUACUCCCGAGCAUCUUAUCAUUGAAAAAGCCUGCUCGAGAGACAACACGUUGGAAUACGAUUACGGCGCAAAAGCUGAGCAUUUCUUCAACGUUGCAGCUUUCCGUUUCAAAGAGAACUACGAUGAUGUCUUUAUCCAUUGCAAGUUGACGGUUUGCCGAAAAGCUGAUGACCAGUCACGGUGUGCCAAAGGCUGUCAACCAUCAAAGAGGAGACGACGGUCAUCAACUGAAGAAGAAGAGUUUAGUGCCGACCUGUAUGUUGGACCAAUGAAACUUAAGCGCCCGGAAAAUGAGGAAGCUGAAACGAAGCAUUAUACUGAAUCAGAGACUGAUAGUAACAUGGUGAUGUUGGUGGCGGUCUUGGUUGGAGUUUUGGGAACUGUGGCCAUUGGACUCAUCGUCGCUGUCGUCGUCAUCAGUCGACGUCGCGCGUCCGUUAAAAAAGGCGCGGCUCUUAUCGUUGCUGAGGAAAUUUAAAGGGGCAUUCAUCGAGCUUGAAUUGUAACUUUCCGCAUUUUCAAUACUUUGGGGGACUGAAUUAAUCACAUAAGAAGUUUUCAAGGCAUUUCAGUUUUCAUUGUUUUAUUAGUAGUUUUAUUCCACCUUAGAGUAAAACCUUUUCUCCUAAUUUCAUGUUUAUUUCAAUAUAUUUUAUCAUUUUUAUUUAAGCUGGCUUAACUUCUCUAAAAAAAGAAGAAACGAGACCACUUUUAGAUAUUACCACCCGCUCGACUCGCGUUUCCUGGUAACAGGAAAUUUUGUGAGGAAACUAGCUUUUUCUUAUACAAAUAUAACUUCUGCUCAAGCUUUUUCUAGGAUACCAUGUACUUUAAUUUCGUAAUAAGCGAAAUAAAACUCGAAGACGUUCAAUUAUCUAUAGUUUCAAAUGCUAAAGAGGUGCGCUACGGAAACCACAGGCAUAUGUAGUGGGAAGCAGUAAGUUUUCGUUUGCUAACAAUUGGAUAUUUUUAACCUGUUAAGCGUGGUUUGAAGCUCAAUAAAACUGGAUGUGCUUACUUUUAGCUAAGAAA